UUGCACUAGUGUUUGUGUUCUGAGACGUAGUGCACGAACAAAAACCGAAUGGUGGCUUGUGUGACAAAUACUGUAUAAUAUAAUAGUAAUAAUAACAACCACUAUAAUAAUGUCUGAGAAGGGAGAAGUCGAUUUAACAGGAGCCAAACAAAAUACUGGCGUUUGGUUGGUAAAGGUUCCAAAGUACCUUUCACAGCAGUGGGCCAAAGCAACAGGCAGGGGUGAAGUGGGAAAGCUCAAAAUUUGCAAGAAUCAGGGAAAAGCAGAGGUGUCCUUCACUCUUAAUGAAGAGCUGGCAACUAUUACGGACAUUGGGGACAAGUCGUCCACUGUGAAAGCACCUCGGGAUCACCCUUUCACCAUGCAGAGCGUUGGAGGACAGACCCUGGCAGUCUUCACAGAGAGCUCCUCCGGACAGUCAGAAGAAAAAUCUGACAGCAGCAGUCCAGACAAAAUUGCACUGGAAGGAGUAGUGGUGCAACGAGCUGAAUGCAGACCUGCAGUCAAUGAGAAUUACAUGAAGUUAAAAAAACUACAGAUUGAAGAAUCAUCUAAACCUGCCCGCUUGUCACAGCAGCUGGAUAAGGCAGUCACCACCAACUAUAAGCCAGUGGCGAAUCACACGUACAAUGUGGAGUAUGAGAAGAAAAAGAAGGAGGAAGGGAAGCGCGCGCGAGCCGACAAGCAGCAGGUCUUGGACAUGCUGUUCUCUGCCUUUGAGAAGCAUCAGUAUUACAACAUCAAGGAUCUGGUGGACAUUACCAAGCAGCCCGUGAUUUACCUGAAGGAGAUACUUCGUGGGAUCGGGAUCUACAACGUGAAAGGCACCCACAAGAACACGUGGGAGCUGAAGCCCGAGUACCGACACUACCAGGGAGAGGACAAGAGCGACUAGCACAGCAACAGGACUGUGCCACUGAUGCCUCGUCACAUCCCCUGGCACAGCUGCAUUCCUUCUAUUUAUGCCAAUAUUUCUGGUACAGACGAGCCCUCUGAAGAAAAAUGCUGGUAGUUUCUUAUGAAGGGCUGUCGGCCGUCCAGAGUAAGGAUUUUGAAGUCUGCUAUUCACAAAGCAGCUUCUUCUGUUCUAGUUUCCAGGAGCCAAACAAAGUGGCUCAAUCAGUAUGCAUAUACAACCACGUAAGCAUUUACCAAGGGUCUGAAAAAAUAUUGAUUAAAACCAUGAGUUUAUUUGUGCUUUUAGAUGGGAGAAAAUAUGUAUCGGCUUACUCAAGUUCUGAGUCUUUCAAAUUUAGUCUGAGUCUGUCAAUUCUAAUGUUAUAUACCUUUUAACUAUUUCCCCCCUCUGUUUAAUAGAUGGUCUACUACAAGCAGAAUUUGCAGUUGAGAGGAACAGUAUGUAUUGCCUGGAACUAGUCAGAAAAAUAUUUUUAUCCGGUUCUGUAACCUGUAAACAGAAUCAUAUUUUGUAAAUUUAAAUGUGAAAAUGUCAAAUAUUUUCAUGUUUUAAUUCAGGGUUGGACUGCUUAAUAAUAAAUUUGAAUAUAAAAAAAAAAUCAAACAUAACCAGUUCUUUGCACAGAAUCACACAUACAGAUAGUGGACAAAAAAGUAUAAACUGGUAAAUGAGGGACACCACUGAGAUUACUGUAUUUUGAAACCUGGGGCCUUCACACAGCCGUUACUCUUCCUUGUAGCACCUAACAUCCCAGAAUGCUGAGGGUCGUGUAUAAAAAUGCUGGACAGGCCUGGUUGCUCAUCAUUAUGACGAUCAUGACUGUAAGAAGAGACCUCAGUGACUUUGAGAGGAGUGGCUGUGGGGACACGUUUGGCAUGAGCUUUAGUGAGGGUGGUGUUUCGCUAGUGUCAGCAUGGAAAUUCCCAAGCAAAGACUCGGUGCCAAAAGACACCAGGGAACAGAAGAGAAUACCCUCUUAUUCUUACUCUUACUCUUAAUAAGAGUGUUCAUUAGAAGUGUCAGGCAAAUCAAAAGAGUAACUGCCGAUCAACUGACUGCAAUUUUUAACAUUUUUGGGCAGCAAGCAGUUAAUGAGAAACACUCAACCCAAGAACUCCACAGCGGGGCUGUAGUGCACUAAAUGCUCAUCACACCUUACAAAUGUCUGAAAAUCUGGUGGGACUACCACGCAGAGAAAUGUGAUGUAUCCAGAUGAAUCAUCCUUCACCUUGAUGCUUGACUAUGUUCUCAACAGACAAAAUGCACCUGUGGCACAAUCCAUCCAUCUACCCAUACUUCUGCAGUGCUCCUUUAAGGUUAAGCAGCACGCAUCAACUAAUUUCUUAGAAGUCAGUCAUAAUAGCAUGUUGAAUGUGCACAUUCUGUUCUACUACGUUUUUCUCAAAUUUAUACCUUGUUCUCUAACUGUCAUUUGUGAUAAAUACCAGUUAUUUGUAUUCCAAUUUUUGGAAUCAUCAAUUUUUAAUGGUGGUUAUCAAUGUUCUUUCCUGCAGGAAUAGCGAUCCACCAUGUGGGAGUAUAUUUGACAGGUGAUUUAGCACCCAUUAGAGAAGCAGAGCUUCGCACCGGUGUCCCUACUAUCACCAUUAACCUUCACUUGUAAUCAGAAUCCUGGAACUCGGCUACCUGCCUUCCAAGAGUCAACAAAGCGGUCUUCAAAACACCUCAUGGCUCCUGUACUCUCACUUCUCUUGCAUUACUGUACAAAAAGCCAGAACAUUGAAGCCAAGCAAGAACAUUUAAGAUACCAAACAAUGAAUGAGAAAUUGUAUCCAGUGGUUUAUUUUCUUACAACUCAAGUCAGGGGCUGAUCAAUCCUGGGGGAGAGGGAGUUCAUGUCUCAUAUAGCUGCAUACACAGGGCAAGCGGUGAGGCUGAGAAUUUGUUUUAAUGAGCU